AUGCCUAAAUCUCGAUCAAAAAUAAAGAAAACAAUUAUUGCUCCUCAUACUGCUAUUAUUGGUAUAGGUGAUGAACUUGAUUUAUCAAUAUGUUGUUCAAAUCGAAAUUGUCCAUCACAUUGGCAUGAUCGUUUAACUGAAAAACUUAAAAAUCUUCAACAAUCAAAAUCGAAACUAUCUUCUUCUUCUUCAUCGACUAUACCAUUAAUUAAAACAAAAACUCAAUAUAAAUUAUCUUAUCCAGAUAUAUUAUCAAAAUUAUUUCAAAUCAGUCAAAUAGAUGAAAAUAAUCAUGAUGAAAUUUAUUCAACACCAAUUAUAAAAUCAAUUAUACUUAAUAAAUAUGAUACAUUUGUUAAAAAAAUAUCGAAAACAUUAAAUGAUUCAACAUAUAGUUUUAUUCAAAAUAAUCUAAAUUUACAAAUGAAAUAUCGAUUAAUUCCAUUAAUUGCUGAUAUUUUUUCUGAUCAGAUGGAUCGUAUGGAAACAUCUACGCAAUUAAAAAUCAAUCUACUUCGUAUAAAUCAUGUACAUUUGAAUUCCUAUUUACGACUUAAAAUUAUUUCUACACCAAUAUGGAAUCGAUAUGUUGUACAUGUUAUUGUACAAGAUGAAAACUCUCAUUGUCUACGUUUAUCAAUUUAUAAUUGGUCAUAUGUUAUUGACACAAGACAAACAAAAACUUCAACUUAUAUUCAAGAACGUUUAACAAGUUUAUUAUCAAUAAAUUCAACUAUAAUUUUAUUAGAUCCAUGGUUAAAAACAUGUCAUGAUAGUGAUAUUGCAUUACGUUGUGAAUCACCCAAUACACAUUUAUUAAUGAUUGAUUAUCAAGAACGAUGUUCAAUGAGUAGUAAAACAAAUGUUGAACAAUUAAGACAAUUGGGAAAUACUUGUUAUCAAGUUGAUGAUAAUCUUAGUGCAAUUGAAUAUUAUACAUUUGGUUUAAAACAACUCGAUGAUGAACAAGAAAAAGAAUUAACAUCAAAAGGACAGUCAAUUGGUCCAAAAACUGAUGAACGUGAACAACAUCGUAUUCGUCUUUUAUCUAAUCGAUGUGCUUGUUAUUUACGUGAACGUCAUGCUGCGUUAGCUUUAGCAGAUACUGGUAUACUUCUUGCAUUUAAUGAAUUAACUCAUAUACUCGAGUCACCAAAAGCAACUACAAGCAAACUUUUAUUUCGUUGUUUAAGUGCUCAUCUAUAUUUAGGUUUAUUUGAUAAAGUUGAAGGUUUAUUAAAAUCACAUAAAUUUGGUGUUGGCUUAACUGGUGGAGAAAAUCCAGCAUCAAUGGCUAUACUUGAAAGAGAAUUAAUACGAUUAAGAGAUGAAGGUACAAAAGGACGAUAUGAUCUUCAAGGAAUGUUAAAUAAACAAAUAAAUAAUAAAUCACAUAUGAUGUUUAUUGAUUUACCUCAUCAUCAUGCGGAAUGUCAAAGAAAUGAUUUAUUUGAAGUUCGACUUUGUCAAGCAGAUGAAUUAAUUAAAAAUGGGUAUCCAAAUGGUUCACAUGGUGUGUAUGCAUUGAAAAAUCUUGAUGUAGGUACAUUACUAGUAGUUGAACAACCAUUUGCAAGUAUUGAUAAUCGAGUUAUUGGUGAAAAAUAUUGUCAUUCAAUAAAUCAUUGGGAAAUAAAUUCAAAAAUUGAAUAUUGUUCAAAUGAUACAUUACGUUUAUUGAAUGAAAUUGAAAAACAAUUAUUAAUUGGUAAUGGUACAUGGACAACAUUUGAUAAAAUUAAAUUAAUGCAACCUAUUCGACAAUGGUUAGCAGAAAAUAUGCAAGAAGAUACAAAUCAACAACAAGAAAAUAAUGAUUUAACAUCAAAUUUACCAGAAAAUUAUGAAAAAAUUUUAUCAGAAAAAAAACAAUGGAGAAAACCGUUUUCAAAAAGAUUACCACCACCAUUACCCUACAUUCCAUGGCGCAUUCUAUUUGAAACUCAACAAGAAAAUCCAUAUAAAUCUCAAACAACUCAUGCAUGGUAUCCAUUAGGUUCAAUGUUUAAUCAUUCUUGUUUACCUAAUUGUAUAUGGUAUUUAAUUGGUGAUUAUUUAUUUAUUUAUGUUUGUUCAACAAAUAUUCGACAAGGUGAUGAAUUAACUAUAUCUUAUUGUCCAUUAUGGAUAUCAUCAAUAAAUGAACGUACAAAUUAUCUUCGUCAAUAUAAUAUACAAUCAUGUCAAUGUUCACUGUGCUUAUAUGAUCGAUCACAUAUAAAUGAAUAUGAGAAUGAUUUAAAAAAGUUUUCUAAUAUUCGUGCAUUAGCACGACAAAAGAAUCUAACUAAUUUAAAUCGUUUAAUUUAUUUACAACAAUUAAUAUGUCAUUAUGAAUAUUUAAUAAAUAAAUAUGCAGAACGAUCAAUUAGUUUUAUAAACGAAUUUAUUGAUUUAGAAUAUAUUUCAUAUUAUUUUCAACAAGAUAAUAUUGAAAAUGAAAUAAAAGAAUUUUUAAAUAUUCGUAAAAAUUCAUUUCUUCAACGUUUAUCACAAAUUUGUCGAGUUGCACUACCAAAUAUAUCAAAUCCAAUUUUAUUAUUUGGUAGACAAACACAAUUACUUAUUGAUCAUCUUGAACAUUGUUCUGCAGUAGAUUUAAAACAAUGGAAUGCUUUACUUGAAUAUCUUUAUGAAAUUUAUACAUUUAAAUGUCAUUCAUCAUCGAAUAAUAUGCAAAAAACUUUAAUAAAAGAUUAUAAAGAAUUCUUUAAUAAUCUUAUUCAAACACAAACAUUUUUUCAACAUCCAUUUAAAAACUUUAAUUAA